AUGCGUUUGUGUGUUUGUGUAUGUGUGUGUUUCGAUCUCAUCGUCCUUUAGACACAUUAUUUUCGUCGGUCGUCGUGUGCGGGUAGCCCAGCGCCAACCAGUGCCAAACCACAGUGUUGUGAAUGUGUUGCCCCGAUCCGGUCCGACAAAACCAGCGGCGGUGGGUUAUGGUCUCGUGCUACACUUUCUAGAUGCAUUCAAGUCCCGGUACACUCGCGAACUAAACUUUAAUUCAGGCGUUUUGGUGUUAAAUGUGGUUUAGCGUUUUGUGGUGAUCUUUGUGUGUGUGUGUGUGUGAACAAGCCGAUAAAAGUAGUGCGAGAGUUGUUAGUUGGACAAACAACGAAAAGAAACACGACCAAACCGUCACCGGAGGACGGAAGAGACACCGAGCACCGAGGCAGUGUUAAGCAUCUGUUAGGCAUCAGGCUCCAAAACCGCAUUACACCACCGUCAGCACGAUGCCACUGUUUGGAAAGUCCCAGAAAAGCCCCCAGGAGCUGGUGAAGGCGCUCAAGGAGGCUGUCAACUCGCUGGAGCGGGGUGACAAGAAGGCGGAAAAGGCACAGGAGGAUGUCAGUAAGAAUUUGGUAUUGAUCAAAAACAUGCUAUACGGUACAUCAGAUGCCGAACCGCAAACGGAAAUUGUCGUCUCCCAGCUAGCCCACGAGCUGUACAGCACCAACCUAUUGCUGCUGCUAAUACAGAACCUAAAUCGCAUCGACUUCGAGGGUAAGAAGGAUGUGGCGCAGAUCUUCAACAAUGUGCUCAGGCGACAGAUCGGUACACGCUCGCCGACGGUGGAAUACAUCUGCACCAAGCCAGAAAUAUUGUUCACCCUGAUGGCUGGCUACGAACAUCAGGAGAUCGCACUGAACUGUGGUACGAUGUUGCGGGAGUGUGCCCGUUACGAGGCGCUCGCGAAAAUAAUGCUACACUCGGACGAGUUCUUCAACUUCUUCCGGUACGUCGAGGUGUCCACGUUCGACAUUGCGUCCGAUGCAUUUUCCACGUUUAAGGAGCUGCUUACCCGGCACAAAAUUUUGUGCGCCGAAUUUCUCGAACAGAACUACGACAAGGUGUUCAACCAUUACGAGCAUCUGCUCAACUCGGAAAACUACGUAACGCGGCGGCAGAGCCUGAAGCUGCUCGGCGAACUGUUGCUCGACCGGCAUAACUUCACGGUGAUGACGAAGUACAUCUCCAACCCAGACAACCUGAAGCUGAUGAUGAACAUGCUCAAGGAGAAGUCACGCAACAUUCAGUUUGAAGCGUUCCACGUGUUCAAGGUGUUUGUCGCGAAUCCCAACAAACCAAAACCGAUCCUGGAUAUACUGUUGCGCAACCAGGAAAAGCUUGUCGACUUCCUGACCCGCUUCCACACGGACCGUUCGGAGGACGAACAGUUUAACGACGAGAAGGCUUACCUGAUCAAGCAGAUCAAGGAGCUGAAACCGGCCCCGGAUCAAUAGUCGUGCGUUGCCGCUAUCGUCGCCAGCACCACCACCACCACCACCUCCACCACCUCCUCGUCCACCACCACCAACAACACGAUCGGCGGUACCGUCGCCAUACUACAGUCGUAGUGGCUAGCCGAUAAUUCCUCCUACCCACUCCCCCCCCCCCCUCCCUAUUGCACUCACGAUCGGUGGUAUUACCAUCGUGCCUAUGCUAGACGUGUGUCCGUGUGUGCGUGUGUGUGCGUCAUUGUGGUGCGUCGUAGUAUAAGUGAGGAUACUUAACACAAAACCCUGUUCGCAAUUCGCACUGGAAAGGAUGUGCUGGAACCGUGGAAUCAAGACUAGUGCAGGAUCUGGAUUGCAGUAAUAAUGAACACGACACGACACGGGGCCGGUUGUGUUGUGAGCUUCGAUCUUGGACCCCGACUCGACCCCAUUUCCGUAGCGCAAGUAGAACACGACCAUCCCGCUCAAAAAAAAAAAAAGGGGGGUGGAGGGGACCCGGUCGUUACGCGAAACAAAAUGCAACCGACUAGAACGAACGAACAGCGACACCUGUGUCGCUAAUUAGGUCGACACUGUGUUCGACGAAAUAUGACGUGUGAUAAAAUAAUCAUUCUCUCCCGCUUCCGGCAAGAAGAAGUGAAAAGAAACAAAAACAACCUGCACGGAACGGAAUGCAAUUAACACCACAAUAUUGGGAAAACCGGAGGGUAUGUUAAGCACAGGGUUAGAAUGUACGAAUGAUAUCGCCACGGUGGCCAGUGCAGGGCUCGCAAACGGGUUUGGACUUGAUAGCUUUCGUUCCGGGAAAAAGGGGAAAAAAAAACAUCUUCGGUUAAACGCUUUUCUUUUUCUAUUUUUUAAUUGCAUAUAUUGCAUCCUAUUGGUUUAGCUUUUAGCUUAGGGUUAGUUUUGUACGAUUCCGCCACCCUAAAUACGAUCAACUCCAUCGCAAUAUGUGUUUAGUUUUUGUUUGUUUGUUUGUUUGUUUUUUGAGUCGUUCGUUAGACUGUGAGGAUCAUAUGAGGAUCAAUUUUAUGUUUACGUAUGAGUGUGUCCGUGUGUGUGUGUGAAAUUUUUGUGGCAAAAUAUGUUUUUGUUUUAAGAACAUUUCCGUACUAGCGCUUUCAAACAAACAAACGAAAAUUGCCUUUUUCCCCAGAAAAAAAAAAACACCUCCGAGGGCAAUAUAUACAUAUAUAUAUAUACAUAAACCUGUAGGGCAUAUAAUUAUGGCUGGAGUUUUUAGUAAGGAAAGUUAUCUCUGAUAGUGUUACAUAUAUAUAUACAUACAUAAAAAAUGUAUAUUUAUAUAUUGUAAAUAAUUAUAUUCCACUUAUAUCGGUUCAAUUACGCGAUUCGCUAAUCCCCUCGCCCGUGUUAGGAAGUUGCGCCGAGUCCCAUUUAGCGUACAGGCGUGAUCAUAGAUUUCCUCAGGUUAUUUUUUGUUCAUUUCCGGAUAAAUCGUCUUGCUAUUGCGAGGUUUCCCCUAACCCAGGUUCAACAUUGUAACACUAUAUUUAAACAGCAUAAAACGCUCAUCCGAGACAUUGUCACAGUCGAUCUCCGGUCUUGCCGUGUAAAGACUGGCACCGCAAUUGCCUCAGCCACCGGACUACGCUAAUUGAAAAAUCGAGUUGGGAUUUAACGGUGUUAUAUGCUUGUAUUUCCAUGUUGAAAAGGAGUAACGAGGUUGAUUUCCAUAAACCGUGUCGGACUUAACAAUGCUCAACUGGUCUGAGGAACCCUGUAUUUCUAUAAUAGCGCGCGCGCGCGAGUUUCCGGAGAAAUGGUCGUGUGGUUUUUACUAUACAGUCAACCCCUUGCUAUAACGAACCCUUAUCGGUAACCGAAAAAAGUCUGUUUAAUAGAAUUUUUAACGAAAAAUGAAAUAAUCCGCAAAUCCGAUAUCCUAAAAAUGGUUUCCAAUUGAUGUAUCAAGCAUGAACAAAUUUCUGGAGGCUAUCCCUCUGCGACUUCCAGAUCACCUGGAUACAUGAGAUCCUCCUCUUCAGACUGUCAGCCUUUAACAGUUAACCAACCAAAAAUGCUUCCAGUUUCCAACUGCGAUGAAUAUUCAUUAUGAUCCCCCCGUGGGGCGGCUGACUGUAUAGAUAAUUGCUGCGCAACCAUCACACACCGCUCCUAGACUCCUACGGCUGGCUAGACCAGUAGGCAAGUCUUUACCCAAUCCAGCAACCUUUGCAACCUAGGAUCUACCAUUGUUCUGUGCUGCAAAAUGCUUCGCCGUGUAGUAGAGAAUAGAAAGGAUCAUAGUCGAAGGCACUGGUGGAACGGCGAGUAACGAUGACCGUUGGAAAAUAGCAAUAACAUCUCAGAGUAAAAUACCUACAAUAACUAGUUUAAAAAGAAAAUCACAAGGUCAGCAACAAAAAACGAGGACGCUCCAUGGUGGUCCGAAACAGGACAGCAAUGAGACUUCCGAGACCCGAAGAUAGAAGAAAGCAGAAGUAGUAGGAUUUAAAAAAAACACACACACCCACACAAUAUUUCAAACACGAAUAAUAAGUUCCAUGCCUAUACACAAGCA